CAAAAAGGGGAGAAAGCAGCUGGCGUGGCUGCAUUUCGUUUCUUUGCCUCAAAGUGACAAGUUUCGAGGCGCCGAAGUUGUUGGAAAAGUUACCAAUAAAUUGGCAAAGCAGAGGAAUUUUCCAAAUUUCAAAGCUAAAAUGCUAUAAAGCCAAAGCCGAUACGGCGAAAAGAGAUAAAUCAAAAAGAGGAAAACCCACUGAGGACACAUAGAAUCAAAAUGAAUCGUCUGCUGCUGCAGUGUCUGGUGACCUCCAUUCUGGUCUACAAAGUGAUUUCGGUGCCAACCAGCACGAUGAGCACCAGCAUCCAGACGACCUCGGAGAUUCCGCAGCAGGAUGAUGAUGACGAUGACUGGGAGGAGGAUGACGACUCCCUGGAAUCGGAUGACGAUGGACGGGUCUACAAGAAUCCCCGCAAUUCGCCAUCCACCGAGUGUCCACGGGAUGAGGAGCAGGCUACCCUGCUGGGCCAGAAGUGCUUGAGGAAGUGCUCCUCUGACGAGGAUUGCAAGAGCAAGAAGAAGAAGUGCUUGUGCGAUGGCGUCUGCGGCAAUUCCUGUAUUAAACCGGAUCGCGAAUGCCCGGAGCUGGCACAGCCCAGUUUGGGUCAGGUCACAGUGGCCGGACGCCACUUUGGAGCACGUGCAUCCUACGCCUGUCCCCAUGGCUACCAUGUGGUGGGUCUGCAGAGUCGUCUUUGCCAGGCGGAUGGCAAUUGGGCCGGAGCUGAGCCAGCCUGCAAGCAGAACAUUUACUGCCUGAAGCCGCCGCAGAUCGAGCAUGCCCGAAAUUCGGCUCUGCCGGAACAGGAAACCUUCGACCUGGACUCCACGGUGCAGUAUCAUUGUCACACCGGUUAUGUGACCAAUGGAUUCCCCAGGGCCAAGUGCCUGGCCAUCGAUAACCUGGCCAGUUGGUAUGGACCGGAUAUUCAGUGCGAACCUAGAUCCUGUGGCCAGCCACCGGAUCCGGCUUACGGAUGGCAUGCCGGCGAGUGCUACACGUACGGAUGCAAGAUCACCUACAAUUGCGGAACCGGAUACGAGUUGGUGGGCAAACAUGAGCGAUAUUGCCAGUCGGACGGAUCCUGGACGCCCAAGGAGCUGCCCACCUGUGUCUUGGUCACCUCGGUGGUGUGUCCCACUCCGGAGAAUCCCAAGAACGGCAAGGCCACCUACACCACGCUGGCCUACAACUCGGUGGUCAGCUACGAGUGCCGCUACGGCUACACCCUCAUGGGCGAGAGUUCCAGUCGCUGCGGAGCGGAUCGAAAGUGGAGCGGCACAUUGCCCACCUGCAAGGAGAUCAACUGUGGACAUCCCGGCGUGCUGUACAACGGCUGGAUCGAGAACAUCGAGGCGGGCACUGGACUGGGGGCCAGCAUCAUUUUCCGCUGCCAGCCGGAGAUGAUGAUCAAUGGACUGGGAUCGAGUGUCUGCCAGAUCGACGGAAGGUGGCGGAACGCCCUGCCCGAGUGCCUGGCGCCCUGUGUGGUGCCCACCAUUUCGCAGGGCAAUGUCUACCCAAUUGAGAUUACGACAGAUGAGAACGGUACGACGAUUGUCCAUCCGCCGACGACCACGACACAGUCUCCGAUUCAAACGCAAAGCAUUGCGAUGGGCGGCGUGGAGAAGGUGAAGCAUGGAACAGCCCUGGAGGUCAAGUGCGAUGAGAACUAUGAGUUUCCGGUAUCGCUGCUCAGUCCGCCCACGUGCAACAACGGCACCUGGAGCAUCAUUCCACGCUGUGUGCCCGCCAGGUGCAAGAGCAUGCCCAGGCCACCCAAGCACGGCAUGGUGAUGGCUCCCAAGACGGAGCACGGCAUGAAGGCGCGGUUCAAGUGCAAGGACGGCUUCAAGCUGGUCAGUCCCGAGGGCAAGGACGUCACGGAUCCGCAUGACUAUGUGCUCACCUGCUCCUUUGGCAACUGGACCGGGGAGACGCCCAAGUGCGACGAGGUCUUCUGCUCCUUUCCCGGCUACAUUCCAAAUGGCAAGGUUCUGCUAGUUGGCAACAUGGGCCUCUACGACUAUCGACCCUAUGUGAAGAAGAUCGUGAACAACAAGCAGAUCAUGUACGAUUGCGACAAGGGUUAUGUCUUGGAGGUUGGUCCUCCGGGUGCCACGUGUGUGGGUGGCAAGUGGCGUCCCCUGGAUCUGCCGCAGUGCCUCCUGGGGCAGCAUCCUCGUCUCCGUUGGAAUCGCCGCAGACGUCGCUCCCUGGAGAUCCGCCAGCUGCGAUCUAUUUAUCUCCUGCGAAGGCAGCGGGAGCUUCAGAGGCAACUGGUGGAGAAUCAGAAGUAUAUCAAUGCAGUUACCAAUUCCGACCAGGCACCGGUUCAACGAGUAAAGCGCAAUGCCAGUCCCCAAUCGAAUCCUCAGCCCUAUCCCACGGAUGGUGAUCUGGCCUUCUCCAAGUACUACGAAAAGCUCCGAGAGCGUUAUCAGCGGUACGUCCGGAAGAUGCUGGGUCGUGAUCGGAUCUACCAGAAGCUUCACGCGCAGGACGCAGUGGGCAGAGUGGGAAACAACCUCAAUGUCCCCUACCACGACGGCGGUCAGGUGUCGAUGCGUGGCAAGUCCAACUUUAGGGAGUUUGAGAACGGGAACAAUUAUCUGGGAGGAGGAGGAGGAGUCGUUGCCCUGCCCAACAUCAACCAGGCAUCGCGGAAUCAGGUGGCUCACUCAAACCGCAGUCCCAAAGAGGAGUUGCUAUCCAAUGGAUCGCCACCGGUGGCAUCGCGGAGUUUCCACUUCAAUGCCACCAGAUCGUACAUGGAUCAAUUGAAAUCUCAGAUAGUCCGACGGAGGCGCAAGAGGAGCUCCAGCUCCAGCAUUGGACAGGCACCACCUCCUUCGGGGGCAACGCUCACGGAUGCGGAGGUGGACAUCAGCGAUGGCGGAGAGGGCGGCGGAAAGGGUGGUGGCGGCGGAAAGCGGCUGCGAGGACCCUGCGAGGAUCUCGACUGGGACUCCUUCGCCAAUGUGACCACAGUGCGUCCGGGCAAGGUUCCGGGCAGAAAUGCCGUGGGCAUCAUGCUGCAUCUGGAGUGCAAUGCCGGAUUCAAGCUGAACAUCAAGGGGGAAAAUGCCACGGCACGCUGCAUCCGAGGGAUCUGGAAGCCGGAGAUGCCCAAGUGCGUGUCCGCUCCUUGUUUGGUGCCCGCCGUGGAGCACGGCCAGUACUACAAGGUGGAGCCCCACACGAAGCAGCUGAGCGACAAGCCCUCGCUCACCCCGCUCUCCAGCUACGAGGAGAUCCAGUCGAAUGAGUUCAUCACCCUGGAGUGCGAGGAUGGGUUCAAUAUUCAGGGUUCGGCUCAGCUGCGUUGUGCCCAUGGAUCCUGGUCGGUAAACGCCUUCUCCGAGUGCACAUCGGUACCAUGUACGCUGCCCAAUAUUCCAGGAGUCAUCUACGAUGGAGGCUAUCGAGCAGGACUAACGAUUGGACAUGGAGGCAGUGUAAGCGUACGCUGUGAACUCUCCACAAACGCCAAUCCCAUAGAGAUGUCCUGUCACAAGGGCAUCCUCACACCACCCAGUAUUCCUUGUGAGUCGGGACUGAGGAAAUCACGUGAGGAACUGGAGCAUGCCACGCCCACUCCGCAUCCCAAGGUGGAGCACAACGAACUGGACAACGAUCAUGAUCAUCCUGACAAUGGCACCGAUGAGCACGACGACAUGAAGAUGUGCGGACCACCCAUGCUUACGGAUGGCGCCUUGGUCUACAAGAAUGCCGAGCAUCCAGAGCUUGAUGGCGCCUACGAAAGCGGCACGGAGAUCUUCUUUAACUGCAUCCCAAAUGCGGCUGGGGAUCGGCAGACGUGGCGCAUUAUCUGCGACAAUGGACUGUGGAUAGGACGAUCCUACAAUUGCGAAAACGGAACGUGUGUGUUCAGGAACAACGAAGCUAAUGUGGUUAGUUUUUAUAACGACCUGGAGAUCCGAGAAGAUGUUGUGGACUUUCCCCCAGGAGCCACAAUCAUAUCUAGGUGCAUGGACAUUGGAAAGUUUUCAAUGACGGGCAGUCACGAGAGGACCUGCAUCCACUCGGAAUGGACCAACACCAAGCCCGUGUGCUCUGGCUUGAACCAAGAGAACGACUAUGCAAUGGAGAAGGCUCCGACCAUCCUGUUCCGACACCAAAACGGACCCAUCGCCCAGAGCAACGAUGGCAAGCUGAUCGUUUAUCCCGGGACCACGCUGCACAUGGAGUGCCUGUGGAUGAGGCGCUUUGGAAAUCCCAAGUGGAACGUCAGUCAUACGCACAAGAACUACACGGAGGGCUGGGUGACCGAGGCGGACGAGGGUCGCGACUCGACGCUGGAGUACCGCCUGAGCAUCGUGGACGCGGCGAGUGACGACUCCGGGUUCUACUCCUGCAUGACGCCCGCCCGCCACGAGCACGCCGUGGAGGUGGUGGUGCGCGCGAUCAACUGCCCGGAGAUUCCGAUGCGGCGUGGCCUGAUCGUGAACACCAACGAUACUAAGCUGAGCACGCGGGCGUUGCUGUCCUGCGCGAAUGGGAACUCCUUGAUUGGCGCCUCGGAGCUCUUCUGCCUGCCGAGUGGCAACUGGAGCGCACCGCUGCCGGUUUGCGAGAGCGUCGAGUGCGGCGACAUACCGCUGGGCGUGGGCAGCAAUGCCAGCUCGCCGCGGGUCUCUGUGCUGUCGCGCGAGGUGGGCGGUCGAGCGGCCUUCUCGUGCGCCUCUGGCUACGGGCUCCGCGGUCCGUCGGAGGCAAUCUGCAACCCGACGGGCGAGUGGAGCGCCCCAAUUCCGAGCUGUGUGGAGGUUCAAUGCCUAAAUCCGGGAGCCCCGCAGAACGGUUAUGCUCAAGGGCCAGCUCCUUAUCGGGCUGGCGAUGUAAUCCAGUUCAAUUGCAACCCGGAGUACAUGAUGCAGGGCCAGCCGAUCAUCGCCUGCCAGGACAAUGGGCGCUGGUCGGGGGGCCUGCCGAAAUGCGUUCAGGCCUGCUCCUAUCCGGGCACCGUCAUCAGCGGCCGGAUGUCCUCCGUCAAGUUCUACUACGCCAUCGGCGAGAGCAUCACCUUCACCUGCGAUGCCGGAUUGGAUCUGCGCGGCUCCAAGGUUCUCAAGUGCCUCAAGAACGGCAAGUGGUCCAGCGCCAUCCCGACGUGCGUGACCAACGACGGUCCGGCCGGAGGAGGCGGGGGAUCCGGAUCCGUUGGCUCCAACAAGCACCUGGCCACCACCAUGGGCUAGGGCGG